AUGAACUGCCCGUCUCGAACCGACGAUACUCUGCUCCACGAUGAGUGGAAUCAGAGCCCACGGGUUCUCGCGCCUGACCUGACCACCCGGCAAGAUCUUAACGGCAUCUCAAACACCCGCGAGAACAAAGAAGAUGAAACUGGAGGAGUCUUGCGGGGAAGCUCCAAUUGGAAGGUCAAGGGCAUUCUUCCGCUGGAGGAAAAAAUUGCGGGGGAUGACCUUGGCGCGGGGCGCGAGGCUUCCCUGACGAUGUCAGGAAGCCUCGCUCCCCAAACUAAUGUACCGGGUCAUGAAGACCCAGAUCCAAACAAUGUUCUCCAGACUAUCAAGAGCUGGGCUCUAUGGCUCCUAUCGGUGCUACUCGUCUCAGCAGCCAUUUCAUUCGAUAGUCUGAAGAAAUAUUUCACCCCUCACCAGUCUGUUCUAUUGGAAGUACCUGUCACACAGCAAUAUCAAGAGCCAGUCAAAAGAUUCUCAAGCUGUGCCCAAGGAGGCGCCCGGGGCGCAUACGAUCUCCCCUUGCACGUUGGAGCCCUCUUCAUCAUCCUGGGCACUUCAAGUAUCGCAUGUGCAUUUCCUAUCCUGGCAACAAGGUUCCCUAGAAUGCAUAUUCCGCCUGCAUUCCUUUUCUUUGUCACCCACUUCGGAACCGGUGUCCUCAUCGCCACGGCAUUCGUGCAUCUCCUUCCAACAGCAUUCACUUCACUGGGAGAUCCGUGUCUAUCAAACUUCUGGACAAAAGACUAUCCAGCUAUGCCAGGCGCCAUUGCGCUGGGAGGUAUCUUUCUCGUGACCGUAAUCGAAAUGGUCUUCAGCCCAGCCCAAAGCAUGUGUCGUGGCGGAGGAAAUCAGUCCCAACCACCGAGAUCAAGACGGUGCUCUUCCCCAGUCGAUACAAGACGGCCUUCAACUUCAACUUCUUCUUCUACUUCGAGUCUUGCUCUGGAGCUGCCUAGAACUCCCGUGCGACCUAUGGCACAGCGCUCGUACUCCGCGGGAGGAAUGGAUGGCCGGUCCCAUCUGCGAGAUAUGGGUCCGCUGAUCGGAAGGUCAGCAAGCAUCAGUCGGGCUAUCAAUCGACUUGGCGAAGGCAACGAAGAAGUAAUCCGUGUUGUCUCGGCACCAGAUGUUCAAUUCUGUCACGAGAAGAACGGCGGGACAAUCCAGGAAGACCCGGAGCGUAGCGAUGAUACCUUCGCCCUGACUCCGGAGCAGAAGCAAAGAAAAGAAACACUGCAGGUCUACCUCCUCGAAAUGGGAAUUCUGUUCCACAGUGUUUUCAUCGGCAUGUCACUCAGCGUGUCAGUCGGCAGCGAAUUCGUAAUUCUAUUGAUUGCCAUUGUCUUCCAUCAAACAUUCGAAGGCCUGGCUCUCGGAUCCCGCAUCGCCUCACUCCCAUGGUCAAAAAAGCAACUCCAGCCUUGGAUAAUGUCACUUGCGUAUGGCUGCACAACUCCGAUCGGACAGGCCAUUGGUCUCGCAACACACACUCUCUACAGCCCUGAUUCAGAAGUUGGGCUGCUCGUGGUUGGCGUCAUGAAUGCGAUCUCGGCUGGACUUUUGAUUUUCGCCUCGCUUGUCGAGUUGAUGUCGGAAGACUUCCUUAGUGACGAGAGUUGGCGCAUCCUUCGUGGAAGGAGGAGAGUUUAUGCUUGCAUCUUGGUGUUUCUGGGGGCUUUCUGCAUGAGCAUUGUCGGCGCUUGGGCUUAG